AUGGCUCGAGGGAAGAUCGCUAUUAUUGGAAGUGGUCUCAUUGGUGGAAGCUGGGCCAUGAUUUUUCUUUCUAAGGGUUAUAAUGUAUCAAUGUUUGAUGUUGAUGAAGUACAAUUGGCUGCUGCUCAGAAGAAAAUCCCUGAGAAUUUGAAGAGAUUUGAAUCCCAGGGUAAUCUACGUGGAGAGAUUUCAGCUGAUGAACAAAUCAAGUUGAUCACCUUCACAAGUGAUUUUGCCGAAUGUAUCAAGGAUGCAAUUUAUGUUCAGGAAUGUGUCCCUGAGAAAUUGGAAUUGAAAAGAAAAAUAUUUGAAGAUUUAGAUAAAUUAUGCACUGAUGAUAUGAUUUUAGCCAGCUCAGCCAGUUGUAUUGCCAGUUCCAGAUUUAAUUAUGGCCUUAAGCAUGCUAAGAAUAUGCUUAUUGUACACCCAGUUAAUCCACCUUACUUUGUGCCUCUUGUGGAAAUUAUACCAUCAGAUCAGACUAGACCUGAAAUUGUGACAAAGACUCGGCAGUUGAUGGAGGAAGUGGGUCAAGCUCCAAUCACACUGAAGAAAGAAAUAAUUGGCUUUGCUCUCAAUCGUAUUCAAUAUGCCAUUUUGAAUGAGUGUUGGAAUAUGGUCCAGGCGGACCUCCUCAAUGCUGAAGAUAUUGACAGAGUUAUGGUUCAUGGAUUGGGAAUGCGAUAUGCUUUUAUUGGUCCUCUUGAAACAAUGCAUCUGAAUGCUGAAGGCAUUGUGAACUACUGUGAUCGUUAUGCUGCAGGUGCCUUAAAAGUUAGUGAGACAUUCCAGCCGCCACCCCUAUAUGAUAUUCCCACUGCAGAGAAAUUGAACGAAUACUUUUCAGAGCAUAUUCCACUUGAAAAGCUUGAAGAACGGCGAAAAUGGAGGGAUGAAUGCCUGGCUAAACUUGCUAAACUCAAGAAGGAAAUACCAAAAUAA